CGCAUGUGCACUGCCUUCUCACUUAUUAGCUUAUGCCCUACACUGUCUACUUUCCCUCCUUCACAAGCCUUCUUAGCAACGGUCGCCGUUGAGACGGAGAGAGACGCCUCCCGCGAAUUGGCUGCACCGAGCCUUUCGGCAGACGUAGAUUGGCUGCGGCGUCGCUAGAGGGCCGGGCCUUGGCAGUCGCUACCCGAGAACUGGCUGCCGCAAGGCGGACAGAGGCUGUGGUGACCUGCGGCACGGAGAAGCGAUGAGAUGAUCCCCCAGAGGUCCACCCAAAGGCUGGGACUUAGAAUGCCGUCGGAGCUUGAACUGCCCUCCGAACUGCGGCGGGAACCAGAGAAGGAUUUCAGCUCAGUGGGUGAAUCGGCCGCGAGGGUGGGAACGGAUACGCGGACCGAGUCGGUGACGGCGUCCGUGGAAGCGGAUGAAGAUCCUACAGCCAACUUGUUCGCGCCGCCGCUUCCCCAGCCCCGGAUCUGCAUGUGGAAAUACCUAGACAUCCAUUCCAUGCAAAGGCUGGAGAAGACUGCCAACACUGAGGAGAUGAGGGAGGUGCUGGCUGAGCUGUUGGGGCUGAGCUGUCCUGAGCAGAGCCUACGGGAGGCCAUAACCCUGGAUCUCUUCUCCCAUGCACUCAUCUUCUGCCGCCAGCAGGACUUCUCGCUGGAGCAGACAUCAGCAGCUUGUGCCCUGCUCCAAGAUCUCCACAAGGCCUGUGUUGCAACCCCCUUGGGCAACGUGGAAGAAUGUUAUCGCUACUUCACCAGUGUUCUUUUUUGCCAUGGAGUCAGGCGGCCCCCCUUCAGCAUUGACCUCUUUAAGGAAGAACAGCUGCUGGCCCUGGCGGACUAUGUGGUCAACACCUACUUCCGCCACUUCAAGCUCUACAAAUAUGUCUUCACUCCCCAGGUGCGGCUGGAUCUAUCUUUGACUUACUUGGGGCUGGAGGCACCCAAGCUCUGGCCAGAGGAGGAAGAAGGUGAGGAAGCAGAGGAACAGACAGUCACCCCCCAGGAAAAGGAGCUGGAGACGGCGAGCCAGCCAGAGCAAGAGCCAAGCCACAAGUCUGCCCUCCAAGCCUUCAUCAAGACCCAGCUCAACAAGGAGCUGGGGCAGCUCCGGCAGCUGGUGGAGGAGCGGCUCAAGGCCAGCGAGGACAGGCUCAGCAACAAGUUGGCCACCCUAGAACAGCCCUUCCAGCUGCCCCCAGGAAAAGGCAAGAACAGGACCAAGUGAUCCCCAGCAUUUCCCCAAUAAAGGCCUGGGACAGAGCAGCCCCCUUCCUGCCCCUCUCCCACCCCAAGUACCUUCUGGGCUUCCCUGCCCCAGUCAGACACCAGACACAGGGCACCCACUCUCCCUGGCAUGGAGCAGAUUUUAUUUCAUAUGCAGCACAGGCAGCACCAACCAGGCCAGGCAUGACAUUCCAAGUGGCUCCCUUCCACCCCAGCUCUGCUGUCAAAGCCCUGGCCAGGGGGAGGGGGCGUGCGUGUACAGGGCUGGGUCUUUGUGAUAAUAGCAUGAUCACUGGUGGGCCUGAGGCUAUCCCAGGGGGACUAGUCUGAUGAAAAGUCCUCCUCCUGGAGAGUCCUGCUUUCUGAGGUUCCCCAGGGCUGGGGACCUAACCCACCAACAGCAUGGCCUCAUCCUCAGUGAUAGCAGCAGAGUCUCCCUCCUCUUCAGGGCCCGUGAUGGGAAAAUGCCCAGGGGGCCGAUGCUGGAAGAGGGCCGCCCGGUUCUGCUGCUCGCCCUUCUUCACCCAGUGCCCAUAAAGCCGGAAGGCACAGCUGUCGAUGAGGCGCCGUACCGGCCGCAGUGCAUAAGGGUCCCUCAAUAGGGCACUCUUGGUCAGGGGCCGAACACGGUGGGUGCUUAAGGCCACUCGUCCAGCAGCCAGCACUGUCCAUACUGCCACCUGGGAACGGGCAGUGGGAGCUCCAGUUGAGUGUCCACCACAGAAGAAGCACCAAAGGCAGGGGGACAGGCCCAGGCCCUGACACUCUCUGGCUUACCCGGAACCGCUGGCGGGGGGUGAGGUUCCAGGGUUGGCUGCCUUCACAACGCUCAAAGAAGGGGUGUUGUAGGGCCUGCUCGGCCGUCAGGCGCUCCUCAGGAUCCACCUGCAGCAGCUUGGAGAUCUAGGGAGAACCCCAGACCAUGAGGAGCAGCUCUUGGGCCUCCCCACUUGCCCUCUCAUGGCCCCAGCUCACCAGGUCUUUGACGGUAUUUGAACGGUCAUCCCACUCGGGUGAACUAAACUGGUACUGGCCCUCCAUGAUCAUGCGCAGCAUCAGGAUCUGGCGCCGGUGCCAGAAGGGUGGCGAGCCAGCCAGGAGUGUGAAUAAGAUCACCCCACAGGCCCAGCUGGGAAGAGACCAGGAUCAGGCAGGACUGGGAGGUGGGUGGGUAGAUGCAGCUGUGGGGAGGAACCAUACCCAUGGGGGGAGGGGUGGUAGUGGACAGAAACUCACAGGUCGACCUCUUUGCCGUAGCCUGGGUGGGUUUCAUCCAUGGAGCAUUUAAGGAUCUCUGGUGCUAGAUACCCUGGGGUCCCACACAACUCUGGGGAGAGAGGGCUGAGGUGUAGGGGGUGCCACCAGCCCCCUCCUGGGCCCUUAACAUAGGUUUCAGUUCUGACCCCUGCAGUGUCCCUUAUUAUUAGGCCCUAUCACUACUGAGCAACUCCCACGCCAAUAAGGCUCCUCGUGGCCUUCUGAGGAAAAGCUGAUUUCUGGGUUGGACUUCAAGGUCCUACCCAACUGUGUCAUUGCCUCCUCCAAACCUCCAGCCAAGCCACCCUACAAUGCCCUUCCCCAAUCCUUGCACAAUCUAUUUGCUACCACAUUUUUACAAACAUAGUACAUGAAAAACAAAAUAUUUUCCACAUUCCUUUCUGCCCAAACCUAUUCCUCAUCCUAUAAUCUCCACUUUGGUUAGUGGAACCACCACUUAGCCUGAGGGGAACAAGUGGGAAUCUGGGAAUUCCUAAGCACAUAUGGGCAGUCUCCUGUUUAAAACCCUUCCCUUUAAAGGACAACAUCGACUGUGUUUUAAAACUUCAAGUUCUGUGUGAGAUCAAGGGAACAGAUGAUUAUUUGGUGCAGGAUAUAUAUUUUCUGCAGCACACUAAUUUAACUUGUAUGGUCAGUUUAUUCAAACACCAUAA